AUGGCCGGCGCGCGGAUUGGCUGCUUGGGGACCAGGGGCCGGGCCCGCGGCGCAGAGUGCCCCGAACCUUCAAAUAGGAAGCCCCCGACAGGCUCCCGCAGAUCCGAGGCUGUGUUGCAGACGUGCCGGGAUCGGGGACUGGAGGCGGUGAGCCGAGCGCCCGGGCGCAGAGGCACCAAGAGCCCGUUUAGGGCGCCAAGCACCUCCAUCGAGGCACCGCCGCGCCCAGCCCGGAGGCCCGGGGGCCGUCGGGCGCCGGUCUCGCCUCCAGCCAUGGGGUCGGCGGCGCUGGAGAUCCUCGGCCUGGUGCUGUGCCUGGUGGGCUGGGUGGGCCUGAUCCUGGCGUGCGGGUUGCCCAUGUGGCAGGUGACUGCCUUCCUGGACCACAACAUCGUGACGGCGCAGACCACAUGGAAGGGGCUGUGGAUGUCGUGCGUGGUGCAGAGCACCGGGCACAUGCAGUGCAAGGUGUACGAUUCGGUGCUGGCGCUGAGCACAGAGGUGCAGGCGGCGCGGGCGCUCACCGUGGGCGCAGUGCUGCUGGCGCUGGUCGCGCUCUUCGUGACCCUGGCGGGCGCUCAGUGCACCACCUGCGUGGCACCCGGCCCGGCCAAGGCGCGGGUGGCCCUCACGGGCGGCGCGCUCUACGCACUCUGCGGGCUGCUGGCGCUCGUGCCGCUCUGCUGGUUCGCCAACAUCGUGGUCCGCGAGUUCUACGACCCGACGGUGCCCAUGUCGCAGAAGUAUGAGCUGGGCGCGGCGCUGUACAUCGGCUGGGCGGCUUCCGCGCUGCUCAUGUGCGGCGGCGGCCUCGUGUGCUGCGGCGCCUGGGUCUGCGCUGGCCGCCCCGACUUCAGCUUCCCAGUCAAGUACUCCGCGUCGCGGCGGCCCACGGCCACCGGCGACUAUGACAAGAAGAACUACGUCUGAGGGCGCCGGACUCGGCGGGGCCCCUCGCGCUAGCCACUCCCACGAGCCGGACGACUGACUAGGGGAGCCCCGCAUGCACGGCGGAACGGCCGGCUCUGUGCCUGGACGUGGCGCACCGACUGACUUUUGAGACCCUGCUCGCGCCCGCAGCC